AGCAUGUUGCUGUCAUUUAGAUCGCUCCAAUAUUACUUUAUGGUAAUAGACUUUUGGCAGGCAUAGACAACGAAAUCUGACAAACAAUAUUAUCAACCCAUAAACCAUUGAAGGUUAAUGCAUAGCGAACUUCUCCGCUAUAUAAGACGGCAGAUGGGUGAUAUGGAUCAUAUCAGAAAAUCAUUCAGGUUGAGCAGCAAUACGGCGAAAAGCUUGGAAGGAACAUGCAGAGGAUUAUCGCCUUGGUGGCCAUCAUGGCAUGUGGACUAUCGUUCGUGGCAGCUCAGUCUUGUCAGACGUGUCAGGCGGAGAACGAUGUGUAUUGCGUCGAUCAGAACAGUUAUCAGAAUUGCAUGAAAAAUGCUCCAGUUGGAGAUAUUGUCGAAUGUCCCGCGGACACUGUUUGCUCCAAUACCGACAGUGUUUGUGCGAGUGUCUCCGAGCUGAAUUCGACCGUUUUGGAUGUGUGUGGAGGCUCUGGUGGAAAUGGGGCCCAGUGUGAAGUGUGUUCCUCAGGCGCCAAAUACGCCUGUGUCAGCAGCUCCCAGUAUGCCCGUUGCUCCUCCACCGGUGAUGUGCUGACCACCAGUGUGUACAGCUGCGGCGCAGAUGAGAUUUGUAGCGUGGAUGCUCUGUCUACUUAUCAAACCGUCUGUGUACCGUCUUGUGCCUCCGAAUUUCUUGGAUUGGAUGCCACCUGCAGCAACAGUGUUUAUCAGCCCACCACGACAACUACAGUGGCACCGACGACAACACCCAGUGCUGAGCAAAAACAGGAUUUAUGCAAUGAUGGCGAACCCAGUUCCCAGCCUAGUUACUUCUUUACCAGGAUAACUGAUGACUCCACGUGCAACAGUUACCUGUACUGCCAGAAAUCUGGAACCACUUGGGUAGCCCUCUACAUGACUUGUGCCCCCGCCAAGCCCUUCUUUGACUCGACCACGAGCUCCUGUGUGACAACCAGGCCGACCAGCUGCUCGGUAACAACCAGCACGACCACUACUACGACCCAGUCGCCCUCUGAUUCUUCAACGACGGCUUCUUCAACGGACUCUUCCUCAACGGAAUCCUCCACCGAGUCUUCGUCCACCACUGCUUCUACCACGCAGUCUUCAACGGAUUCCUCUACCGAGUCUUCACCAACGACCGCAUCUUCCACGGCUUCUUCAUCAACGGAAUCCUCCACUGAUUCUUCGUCCACGGAAUCCUCUACCGAGUCGUCGUCCACCACACAGUCUUCAACGGAAUCCUCCACUGAGUCUUCGUCCACCACGCAGUCUUCAACGGAAUCAUCUACCGAGUCUUCCUCCACAACUUCUACGACUGCUCCUUAAGCCAAUGAUUCCACUGCUGGCACUUGUGCU